AUGAAGCAUCGAGAGGUGUAUGAUUGGUUUGUCCGAAAGUGUAAUGUGUACCUCAAUAGCACAUGCAUCACCAGGGCACUAAAAGCUGCUAGGAAAAUUGUAGAGGGUGAUGAGAUAGCCCAGUAUGGUUUGGUGUGGGAUUAUGCAAAUGAGUUACUUACUAGCAAUCCAGGAUCUAGAGUGCAAGUUGGUGUCAUCCCUAUGCCUGAGGGUCCUCCGCUUUUUGAUCGGUUCUAUGUGUGUCUUGAUGCUUGCAAGCGGGGGUUUAAGGCGGGUUGUAGACCUCUAAUUGGACUAGAUGGAGCGUUUCUGAAGACACUACAUGGAGGACAAAUACUUACUGCUUGCGGACAAGAUGCUAACAAUCACAUCUUUGUGAUUGCUUAUGCAAUUGUUAGCGUGAAAAAAAGGAUAAUUGGCAAUGGUUUCUUGAACUACUUCAUAGUGAUCUUGGAGACUACAGAGAGAACAAAUGGUGCUUCAUCUCAGAUAUGCAGAAGGAAGUGUUUCCAAGAGUUCACCACCGCUUCUGCAUGUGGCAUUUGUGGCGCAAUUUCUCGAAACAGUGGGGUAGUUUAUCUUGAUAAAUGGCCAAAAGAGGCAUGGACGAAGGCGCAUUUCAGUGAGGUUUCAAAAGUGGAUAAUAUAUGCAACAAUGCUUGUGAGUCAUUCAAUGCAAAGAUCAAACAUGAAAGGAGUAAGCCUAUCCUAACCCUGGCUGAGGAAGUUAGAAGAAUCAUCAUGAAGAGUAUGGUUGAUAACAGGAAGAAGUUGCAGAACUAUCAAGGAAUUCUCCCUCCUGUUCAGCAAAGAAGGUUGGAAGCUAUGACAGUGCUGUCCCACCAUUGGGCUCCUCAGUGGUCCGGUGAUGAAAAAGAGGAGUUGUACGAAGUCCAUGGCUGGCCGACCAAUAUGGUGGUUGACCUGGGCAAGCACACAUGCACCUGCAGGUUUUGGCAACUUACAGAUGCAGCUACAACUCGCAGUUGUUACCCUGCUACACAAGGUGCUGAACCCGACCUAAAUUUUGCCCCUACUGAUACUGAUAUUGGUACAGAAGCUGAGGCACCUUUGCCUUCACUUCCAUCACCCACUCAGCCUGACUCAGAGAUUGACAGCAGUAGGCCACCUAAGUUGCAAGUGAUCAAAAGAAAAGCAAGGGUACCGUCCUCCCCUAAGCAUAUUGCAACUAGAUCUGUGGUUGUUUCUGCUGAGACCAUUAAGGGGACAAGUUCUGGAACUGCUAAGCGGCUGGCCAACUUCAUGACCUUUGUGCCUACUCCAGGCUUCAAGGCUCCAAGGAAGACUGAUGACAAAGUUUGA